AUGAAAGCAGUGGUGUCCAGUGGAAAAGCGUACUUCUGCACGAUCUUGUCGGUGUUCGGGGUGGUGAUCCUCUCUGUGAUAGCAUACUUGUUCCAAAUCAGCCACGAGUCGAUGGUGGGCUCGACCAACGACCCGGAAAAUGGCCCCGAGGUCGCCAAAACCGUAUUUGGAGCUGUUCUCGUUUACUUGGCCUUUUUUUUGUUCUGUGGGUUCCAGGUGUUCCUCAUCCAGAGAGAAAGCCGGAUUCUGUUGUGA